GUGUCAUCUUUUUCAAUCUCAAGGUUAAUAGUUGAUUGGUUAAUGAAAUCAAGAAGAGGUGUCUGAGGGGUUUACAAGUUGCUUUUUCCUUCUUUUAUCUUCAGAAUGUUUCGGAUUAGUGUUGUGAUCCUACUGUUAGCAGUUACUGACAGUGAAGUUGGUUUCGCACAUAAUAUGGAAAACCUCAAGUAAUUCCAAUUUUCAGUUUGUUCAUAUCAUUUAGAGACCGCGUUAGAAAAAUAUUUUAUCAUGCUUACGAUAAUUACCUUAAGUAUGCAUAUCCUUUAGAUGAGUUAAGACCGCUUUCAUGUGAUGGGCAUGAUACAUGGGGGAGCUUCUCGCUGACACUUGUAGAUGCACUUGAUACACUUGUUAUAAUGGACAAUGUUACUGAGUUUCGUCGUGCUGCACGUGCUCUUCUUGAUCACUUAGAUUCUGAAAAAAAUGUCAACGCUUCCGUUUUCGAAACUAACAUCAGAGUUGUCGGCGGGCUCAUCUCGGCUCAUCUUUUGUCACGCAGAGCCGGGUUUGAAGUAGAACCAUCUUGGCCAUGUUCUGGACCAUUACUAAGGCAAGCAGAAGUGUUUGCUUCUAAGCUGUUGCCUGCUUUCGACACCCCAACCGGGAUGCCAUACGGCACUGUCAACUUCGAACUGGGUGGCGUUCCUAAAGGCGAGACUACAGUCACGUGCGUUGCUGGCAUUGGUACAUUUAUUUUGGAGUUUGGGGCACUAUCUCGCCUUACAGGAGAUCCCAGGUACGAGGCUGUUGCAACGCGUGCUCUUAAAGCUAUGUGGAAAUACAGAUCUUCUCUUGGAUUACUGGGAAACCAUAUUGAUGUUAUCACUGGAAGUUGGACAGCCCGCGAUGCCACUAUUGGUUCAGGAGUCGAUUCUUAUUUCGAAUAUUUGGUUAAAGGUGCAGCACUAUUUCGCCUUCCUGAGCUGGAUUCCAUGUUUCGAGAGUACAGAUUAGCAAUAGAAAAGCAUAUUCGACAUGGUGAUUGGAAUCCAAUGAUAAACAAGGAUAAAGGUGGAGUUACAAUGGCAGUAUUUCAGAGUCUUGAAGCAUUUUGGCCUGGUUUAUUGGCACUUACAGGUGAUAUUGAGUGUGCUCGCAGACAUUUGAUUGCUUAUCAUGAAAUAUGGAGAAAAUAUGGAUUUCUUCCGGAGUUCUAUAGUUUAUCUGAUGAAAAGGCUUACAAGGGUCGUGAGGCAUACCCAUUACGACCAGAAUUAAUUGAAUCCAUUCUCUACGUAUAUCGUGCGACACGUGAUCCUGCUCUGAUUGAUAUGGGCGUCGACAUUUUGACUUCAAUUGAAGUCUCAGCGCGUACACCUUGUGGUUUUGCGACGGUUUCAGAUGUUACAAAACAUACUUUGGAAGACAGAAUGGAGUCGUUUUUUCUAGCCGAAACAACAAAAUAUUUAUACCUAUUAUUUGAUGAAAACAACUUUAUACAUCAGUUACCAGGUGAAAAAACGUCGUUAGAAGGUUCUCGUUUACCGUCAGGACUUCAAUGUUAUCCAGAAUCAGGUGGUUACAUUUUCAAUACAGAAGCUCAUCCCAUUGAUCCUGGUGCUUUGAAUUGUUGUUUUGCGCCUCAAUUAGAUGAAGUUGAACAAGCAUCCAAAGUUGAAACAUUGUUCUCUGAUUCUAAUCAUUUUAAAAUGCUAAAUAAUCAUGAAUUUGACAGUGAUACUAAUACAUAUGAUCAAGUUACAGAAAUUGAUUUACUUUCUACCAUUGAUUCAGUUUUCGGUGAACAUGUUCAAUCUCAACUUGGUUAUUCAUUAAGUGAUUCCUUCGCUCGGAUAAUAAAUCAAUCAUCAUCUAAUUGUUUUAAUAAUGCAUAUUUUGAUUCUAAUUUAAUUGUUUCCUGGAUAGAACUUCGUGAAAUUAUCAAAUCCUCAGCUUUAGAGACUGAAAAAGAAAAUGAUAAAUUCAGUUUUUUGGAUUCAACUAAACCUCCACUACUCACUUGCCCAUAUCCAUCAUUUCAAAACCGAUUUGCUUUAUCCGGAUUAUUAACAUCAACAUAAUUUCAUUUCUGCUUUCUUUUUAAGUUUUCAAGUUUGGUGGUUUUCGUGUAGAUAUUUUCUGUAUAGUUAGCUUUCUCCGUAGUGCACUUUAUUUGAAAUUCCUAUCAUUUCAUAAUUCCUGUGUUAUACAUUCAGAAAAAUAUACUAUCUACACCGCUGAUAUUCAGAACAUUUGCUCAAAAUCUUUAUGGAUUAUAACUAAUUAAUAGCAUAUCAGUAAAUUCUGUCAUUGUCAACUAUCGUUAUUUAUUUUUUCCAUGUUAUCAGCCCUGUCGUUCAAGUUACUCAUUCCCUUCGUUUGACUUGCAGAUAUAUUCUCUUUAAGAGCUUAAUGUGUGAUAACUUCCUCUGUGAAACAUGUCAUUAGAUGCUGCUCUACUUUUUUUAGCGGGACAAUGAUUGAAGUAAAGCAUAUCCUUGAUAUUUGAAAAGAA